AUGGAGGAGGGGGUUUUUGUGGAGAUCCUCGGCGUCGUCGAGGCGUUCGGCCGCGCGAGUCCGUCGCUGCCGCCGCACGGGAAUCUGAGCGCGGAUGCGGUGUGGCAGCUCCUGACGACGCGGGAUGGCGCCUCGGAGGCAUCGAAGCAGUCGCGUUGGGUGGUCGGGGAUUGGCUGCUGACGUACGAUCCGGACAACGUGGGGUUCGACGCGGCCUCGGUGGUCGGGGACCUCGAGUUUAUGCUGUACUCGGCUUUUUUGCAGCUUAAUAUCGUCUCGGAGGACAACGGUGCCUUUCUUUCCCGCUCAAGGGUUGAGCAACGCAUCGAUGAGACCGUGGAGCGGAUCCGGUGCGCUUUAUUUAGCGUCUCACCCAACAAACUCGUCCCGUCGCUUGACGAGGGAUCCGUUUGUCCGAAGACGGGCAGUGGGGCUAUGGUGGAGAUGGAUACCGUUAAUAUAUCUGUAUCGGCGUCGUCGGGUUUUGGCUUGGGGAUGCAGCCAAGCGAUACCAUCGAGGAUUCGCCUUUGAUAUCAGUAGAGGAACCCUCUCUAGAGAGAAAGAUAUUGAACCAUUUUCCCAAUUCUUCCUCUAUCGGAUCGGCGCAGGAUGCGAUGAACUUUGCGCGUGGGCUCCCCUUGCGGGAUCGGAUCAAUUUUCACCAAAAUGAGCUUCGCCAGGAGCAGCAGCUCGCUAACCGAUACCGACGACGAACAGCCAUGCUGCCCCCUUUGCCACGCUCUAACUCCUGCUAUUCGAGCCUGUUUGAAGAGUACAAACUAGGGGUGGAUGAACCCUAUGAAAUCCAACCCCAAUCUCCUAUUGCCAAGCUCACACCAAGCUUGCUGCUCACGGAUCUCUCCACAGCUUCCGUACCAGAUCAACCCUGUCCGGAUUCAUCUCGAACUAAAGGACGAGGGAAAAAACGAAAUGGCCGAACCACAAAGCCUACUGGUAAUCUAGUGGAGGCGACCAGGUCUGCGCUCAAACCGAUUCCUAAGGCGGAUACAAAUCAAUGGAAGAAGGAUCGAGAGGCUCUCCUACAGGACGUGAUAAGCACCAUGUUACUGCUGCAGCAGCUAAGACUGCAUCCAGCGAAAAAGAAGGAGGACAAGAAACCCCACCACGAUGUUCUGCGAGAUGGGAGGGUGAUGAAUGCGGGCAUUGAUAAAGGUUACAGCUCUUUUUUCAGGAAUGAUCAUCCCCUCGUCUGCUCCGACUCCACAGGCAGUCCCAAGACCGAUUUGCAGUCGCAUGCCACGAGCUCUGAAACCCCAUUCCAACGCACGUCAGCAUUCUACGCUCGUAGAGAUAUGGACAAGAUUAUGUCGAGAAAGGCUAUGGAAACCGCGACGACUGAGACGGCAAAAAAUCGACGCCGUCUUUUAAAUUAUGCGGAUCCCACUUCGAUGCAUAGGGGAGGUCGAGGCAGACGAAUACCAUCUCGUGCUUCGCCUGAAGCGCCUGUUAUUGUGCAAUCCUCUGAUGCGCUUAGCACUAGUAGUAGUAGACAAGUUCCCACUACCCAGGAUCGAGAAACUCCACGUACACAUGCGGGUGUUGCUGAUCUCGGUAUGACCAGCAGCCCACGGUGGCAUGCUCCAUCUCGAGGCGGGGCUGGCCUCUCGAACGGAGGCCACGGUGGGCACUGCAAGGCCCCGUCUAAAUCGACCUCGGGGAUGGUUCCAUCUCAGACCUCCUCCUUGAAGGUGCCAGAGCCGUCGAACGUGUCGUUAGUCGAACUCGCUUCUAAAACACGACCGGUUGUUCAACAGCUUCCCCUUGCGGAGGUCGUGGAGCGUGAGGAGGUGAGACGGGGUCAUCUUUCCACCUUCCAAAGCAUACCGCCGCAGCACAUCACACGGGCGUCAGUAACGGCCAGGGAGGUUGGCGGGGCUCUUUGGGGCAUUUCGCGGCCGACAACUUCGCAGUCCGCUCGCCCUCCCGCGUUUCCCUCCUUCGCAAACUUUGGGAAUGGCAGUCCGAGGACCCCUCGGGGCUACCGGAGGACUCUGACGAGUCGAUCCUACGUUGACUUUGCGUAUGACAUCUUCAUGGGCGACAAAGGGGGGGGCCUCUCCCAGGCUCGCGAUGGGCACUCGCAGCUGUCAACUCGCGGGAGGCCUUACCCGUCAAACACGGCCGCGGCAUGGAUUGAGAAUAUCCCCGUGUCGGCGCGCUUCCUUCCGCAUUCGGGCCCUUUGCAUGGUGCCGGGUUCAACGAGGGUGGAAGUAGCAAGCGAAGGCUAAACACCCUCGACGGAAGCCAAUCAUUCGAGGCGAAGCUCAUGCAGCAGGGUAUGAAGCGCUCCCUGUCGUCGUUGGGCUUCACAGUCUCGUCGCAGCGGAUAAAAUCACCAACCACAGAGGGUAGACGUGGAUCGGUGCCCAAAACCAGGGGCAUGCAUAACCCAAACACGGAGUUCGUCGCCAAUCCAGAGAACCGAGACGCGGUGGUUGAUGCAAACGUCCCAGGUGAGAAGCUUCAACUCUACAGCACACCGAAGAAGCUUCUACUUAGUCAGGUUCGUCUUCCUCACGGGGUUUGCAUAAAAAUUAUUCGUACAAGAAGGGGUACUGAUGAUACCAGUGAAGGAUGA